AUGUUUCAGUACGACUAUGAGAAGCGUCUUCCCUCCAGAGACCGUCGUUCCAGGCCUCUGCCUCCACGGCCUGAAGACGCCCUGCCUGCUAAGACUAGUGUUCCCCUCAAGGUGUGGGUGAUCGCCAGCGCGUCUUGUUUCGCGGUGUGCGGGGCGCUGGUGUUGGCUACAAUUAUCAUCACUAGGUGGAGCUCCGCGGACACUUACAGCACGAGACAGGUGUACCAGGAGUCCAGGGAACCAAUCUACGCCAAUUACUAUCCACCGCCCGCUCGGACCACUACUACCACCACAGAGGAAACAGCGACCCAGGAACAAGAGGAUUCACAGAUACCUAUACUAGAGAAACUGGCGAUAUUCAAAAACAUAGUAGCAAGUCGGGAAAAGAAAAAAGAAGAUAAGAAUUUGAUAUCAAAACACCAACUACAUCCGGUCCAAGACACGUCCUUGCAUCACCCAGAAAAGAAAAUAGAAAAAAAGGACCAAGCGAAGUUACCAGAUGUAAAAAUACCAGAAUUCAAACCGACUUUACCUGACGUGUUCAUUGAUUCCGGGAUCAAGCUAUCAGAUGGAUACAUCGCGGGUCUGAAGUCCGAUGAUAAUUAUGAAGAAUACUACAACGAUGAAAACUUAUAUGAUGACUACAUGCAGAGUAAUACGAUGACCAGCUACCUCAUAGAGAAGGUGAUGGAACUACACGACUGGAUCACCACCGACGCGGACUUUGAGGCCCAAGGUGCAAAGAACACUACGCAUGAGUUCGGAAAACUAUUGAAAGCUCUGAAUGAGAGUCUGGUGGAAGGGAACAUGACUAUCGUGAUGAACGAACUGCGGCACAUGUACCUGGGAGAGAACUUCACGGAAUCGGGCAGCGGCAGGAGAGUCAUUAUCAGUAACAGCACCAACCUGCUGUCUUUCGGCAUCCUCACGCUGGACGUGAUGCUGCUACAUAACAUACAGCUCAUGGCCUGGGAGAACCAGGAGUCUUCUCGCUCCAAGAUGUUGAAAGACCCGGAUGUAUUCGCUUUCAACGCUCUGUUCAUGGAGCCGUCCAAGGUUGAAGCGAGGAGGAGUGAGCUGCUGGCAGACUCGCUCGGGAAGCGACAAAACCGCGUUGAUCCGGACGACUGGCAGCUCGGCCAGAACCUGCUGGAGAAUGUUCUGGAAAUGGGGAUGAGCACCGCGCGGGCCGCUAUACAUCUGGGACGGGCCUUCAAGAAUACUAAGAUGGUAGUAAGUCAGCUAUCAAACCGCGACUCAUUAAACGCCAAUAUACAACAGCAGUUGUCUCGUAACCUGGACGCCAACAGCCACGCUCUCAACCACCUGCAGAGCUCCUUCAACAGCGACAGUUCCAGCAGUUCCAGUAGUACAAGUUACACUGACCUGGACUGUGUGUGGCUUUUGUAUUGUAAGAACCUGGUCGCGACCUCCAAACUAAACGCGCCGUAUGGCACCAUGGCGAGGAUAAAUGGCCUGGCGCUGAGGAUGUUGACUGGUGAAUUACCCUCGGAGCGAGCCUUCGAUACGCUCCUGUACGAGGUGCUCUCAGGAUGGACCGACCUCAAGUGUACAGACAUGUUCCCCAGAUGCAGUAAAGUGAACGCAGCGUCAGUGGUGUUGGAUUCAAUACUACAACCAUUUAGAAGAUCACAGACUAACAACAACAGAUUAUAA